CAAAACCCCAUUUACUACAAAAAUACCGACGCGCGCUUGUCCGGUACCAUUUACCACUUUGCUUGGUACCCGGGCGGCUUGUUGCGCGUUCUUCAGUGUCAACUCUUACAUCAUUCACUAUGUGACCUAAGCCGGAAGAAAAAACCGGGAGAAAGUGGUCGCGUGUUCCUGUACAAGCCGAAAAAAUCAUCAUGAAAAGUUUAACGGGUUUGUCCAUUUUUCUAGCGUGUUUGGUCAGUUUCGGACAGGGACAGUUGUCCUUUGAUAUCAGAGUGCCUCGAGUCGCUGACAUUCUAAAUAGAGUGUCCAAUACGACUUUCGGCAUUAUUAGAGGCAGUGUCAACUUCGUAGGCAGAGCAGUCGAUCGAGUGAUCAACACUUUUGGCCGCGUUGAGGACCGAUUGAGAGCUCUAUUGGAGGAGUUUCGAGGCAUCAUCCUCAGAGGCAUCCCGGAGCUGAACAUUCCAGUGCUGGAUCCUUUGCAUGUGAAUAAAGUCGAUUUCGAUGUCAACCAUGAAGCUGCCAGAUUAAAAGGGAAAGCCGAGAACCUGACAAUCAAGCACAUAUCGAAAUUUCAGGUGGACAAAGAGCGGUUUACCGAUUUGGGCCAGUUUAGGUUUAAAUUGGAUUUAAACCUGACGUUCCCCUACAUCAAGGUGACCGGGAAUUACAAAAUUGAUGGAAAAGUCGGCAGAGGCUUUGUUAUUUAUGGGGAUGGUCCAUUUUGGUUAAACAUGCAAGAUUUAAAGCUGGGAACCUCCACAAUCCUAAAAUUCACUCUCCCGGCCAAACUGAGAGUGGAAAAGCUGAGUAUAGACAUUAAACUGGGCAAGUUGGAGAACCAAUUCGACAAUCUACUCAAAGACAAAGAGACUGGAGAUGUAAUCAACAAGGUGAUUUCCCGCAUGGCGCCAGAAGCUCUGGAUAUUCUUUGGCCGGAAAUCAAACCUUCGGUAGAAGAACAAAUUAAAAAGUACAUCAACAGGAUCCUGGAAAAUGCCACCAUCGUGAACUUUGCGAAGCGAUUGUUCAACGUGAUAGUUUAGCUGGAAUUUUGAUGGCUUUUCGACGAAACCAACCCAAGAAAAUCCAUCAACGGUGUCAAGAACAGUGCCAAAAAAAACGUGCGGUUAAACUCGUGCUCCAU